AUGGCGACAGCUCAUCCGAUCGACGAUGAAAGAACCGUAUCAACGUGGCAGAGGAUAAACAAUCGGCUACCCUUUCCUUUUGGUGACCAUCCGUGGUGGAUCGACGGAACUACCCGAGCUCCCGACGAGAAGGACGAGAAUCCACGGCUUUGGCGGGAAGGGGUGAUUAACAUCUUUGAUCAUAAUGGUUUUGACUUUCAGGUCUUCAUCGUCGCAGCGUCGGGCUUUUUGACAGACUCCUUCUCACUCUUUGCGACCAACGUGAUAUUGCCCCUGUUGGCAUUCUUGUAUUGGCCAGAUCGAAAUGACAGACUGCCCGAGCUCUAUAUCAAUGUCGCGACCUUGGCUGGAUCCGUUGUUGGGCAGCUACUCUUCGGCUGGUUGACUGAUAGACUAGGACGAAGAAAGCUGUAUGGUCUUGAGCUUGUGCUGGUCAUAUUUGCGACGCUAGGAAUGUCUCAGGCGUCAAAUGGCAUGUACAACAACAUGGACAUACUGAGUUGGAUGAUAUUCUAUCGCUUCUUUCUUGGGAUGGGAAUUGGGGCUGAGUAUCCCCUCAGCGCGGUGAUCACUGCGGAGUUUGCCAGCACCAAGUAUCGGGCGAGAAUGAUGGCUGCUGUUUUUCUGAUGCAGCCGUUGGGGCAAGUUCUUGCAGCUGCAAUCGGAUGGGGAGUCUUGACAGGUUUGAUGCAAUCGCGCGGCCUGCAGGAUCUCCCUGACCGUGGAACUGGAUUUGAUCAGCUCCCAGUGGAUCAACAGCAUCAAAUACUGUCAACAUUAGAUAGUGUUUGGCGCUGGGUUGUUGGCGUGGGUUGUAUCCCCGCGUUGCUUGCCAUUCUCUGGAGAUUCUCCAUUCCAGAGUCACCGCGUUAUACCAUGGAUGUUUCUAAUGACCCCAAACAAGCCCUUGUGGCUACCAAGCGUCAGUUUCGACGCACUGCCCGAAUUCUGGAGUCGAUCAAUGUGUCCUCCGACGAGGCCGACACUCUUGCUCCUUCAAAUCCUCGGAGUUUGCCGACUUCUCCCGCACUUGCUGCUUCUCCUGAUCCAGCAGGGGACAGCGAAUCAACCUUUUGGGAUUUCUUCUUUGUGGAGGGCAACAUCAGAUACCUUGCAGCAACUGCUAUAUGCUGGUUCCUACUUGACUUUUGCUUCUAUGGCCUUGGAAUCAAUUCUCCCCGACCACUUGCAGCUCUGUGGGCCUCUGAAAUUCCAACCGUUACAAUAACCUCUGUUCUCCCGGCUGCAACUACUUCCAUGACAAUUCCCUUUACCCAUGCAGUGACGCUCAAUGGAAACAUCUACAAUGUGACGACUUCAAUCAUUGCAAAUAUACCCCCUCCAACAACCACAGUCACCAGUCUAGUGGCAGCCACUGACCCCAGUCUCCAUAUUCCCGACUAUCAAAACAUCUGGGAUCCGACAAACAAUAUGUUCAAGGAGUUAUCUCACAACGCAAAAUUCUAUAUCCUCACCAUAUCUAUCACCUCCUUGAUUGGUAGUGGAGUACUGAUAUGGAUCAUUGACUACAUUCCGCGCAAAACUUGGUUGGUCUCGUCAUUUCUACUACUGAGUAUCUGGUUCGCCGUACUAGGAGGAGUUUUGGUGGCGACCGAGUUUACCAAUGGCCAUGUAGCCAAUGUGGUUCUAUACGCUUUCUGUCAAUUUUUGUUCAAUCUGGGUCCAAAUACUUUGACUUAUAUUAUCCCCGCAGAGAUAUUUCCCACCCGGUUUCGUGCUACAUGCCACGGUAUUUCAGCUGCCUGUGGAAAGCUUGGCGCCAUCGUCAUUCUCAUCCUCACAGAGAAGACAGUCUUGAACGCUAAUCCUCGAGCAUUGGACAAACUUCUUGGCGCUUUUUCAGUCCCGCUUGCUGCCGGGGCGUUCUUUGCCUGGAUAUGGAUUCCAGAGCUGCAAACACCCCCAACUGGCGAUGCACGCGCGCUUCGUCUACCCCGACUGCCCAACAAAAGUCUGGAAUGGCUAGCAAAAGGAUGGAAGGAGGAGAAGGAUUUUGGGUACAACGGGCGCCUCGGCUGGAAGAGAAGGGACAUCUGUUGA